UCCUCUCAUUUUUAUUUCUGUUUCCCUUCUUUUUUUCUCCUUCAAUGAAUUUUGCAAUGGCAGACUUAUGGACGUCGUUUAAUGGGAAAAUGUUUAUUUUUUUUAUUUUUUUAUUAUUUUUUUCAAAUUAAUGGAAAAUGUUUGUGUCCAAAAUGUGGGCUGGUCCAUGUUAGGGUCCUUGUACAUUUGUACUGUGGGACCGGUUAAACCCAGCGAUUGUAAGUAAAAACGGGUCUGAAACCAUCUGAUUGGUUAAAUUCAAAUUUCGGUUAAAAGUGGGUCAAAGUAUUUCCAACAAACUUGGAUCCGUUGUUUGUUUGAAUCGCGGGGUCAAUAGAGGGAAGGUAGAGAAAAACCGGAAGGCCCCGAAAUACGAAUCUGGAACUAGAAGAAGAAAAAUGUCGAGUAGAGAGAGGGAGAGGGAGAGGGAUCUAGAGCUCCUCAUACCAGUCGCAUCAGGAAGCUCUGAAAAUGGAGGCUCCAAAUCCUCCUCUCCAUCGGCUACGCCAACUACUACCCCGGGCCAUCACUCUAGCCGAGAGGCAUUCUCUAAGGUCAUUAGGAGUUGGGCUUCAAAAAAGUUUAUGUCCGGAUGUGUCAUUCUUCUUCCAAUAGCCAUCACAUUCUACAUAACGUGGGGUUUCGUUCACUUUGUCGAUGGUUUCUUCUCCCCAAUCUAUAAUCAUCUGGGGAUCAAUAUUUUUGGUCUCGGAUUUGUUACCUCCAUCACCUUCAUAUUCUUGGUUGGUAUUUUCAUGUCAUCCUGGUUAGGAGCUUCUGUUCUCACUCUUGGGGAAUGGUUCAUUAAGAAAAUGCCUCUUGUAAGUUAUAUCUAUUCAGCCUCGAAGCAAAUAAGUGCAGCAAUAUCACCAGAUCAGAGCUCUAAUGCUUUCAAAGAAGUGGCAAUUAUAAGGCAUCCACGUAUUGGGGAGUAUGCAUUCGGAUUUAUCACUUCCACGGUUAUUCUUCAGAGAAGCACAGGCGAUGAAGAACUCUGCUGCAUUUAUGUGCCUUCAAACCACCUUUACAUUGGAGAUAUAUUUCUUAUCAAUUGCAAGGACAUAUUACGACCCAAUCUGUCUGUCCGAGAAGGAAUUGAAAUUGUCAUCUCAGGAGGUAUGACAAUGCCCCAGGUAUUGACGACAGUGGAAGCACAAGCCAUUCCUCAGGGAAGAAUUGGCAGCUUUGCAGUGUCAAAAGGAUGAUGCAAUAAUCAAACCAAAAGCUGCGGAGAAGUCAAUUAUAGAGGGCUGAGAGCUGGUGAUACAUAACAAACAAAGAAUGAUGAGAAUGAAGAAGAAAUCACAGCAGGAACCUGAAGUGAACAAGUUAUAUGCCCCUCAAGAACAACCAUCAAACAGGCCAAAAUAGAUCGUAGUUUUCGUUUAUUUAAUUCGGAUUUAUACAAAUUUUACAUUGUAAAUGCAUUAUUUAUUUUUUUUACAGGGUUAAUUUAGAGUGAAAAUUAUGUCAAUCGAAUGGUUUUUAGCUGGGAAAUUAUUUUUUGUUUAGAUUAUAUAUAUAUAUAUAUAUAUGGGAAUUAUAUUGUUUCUUUGGAAGAUCAAAUGUCGAUAUAACUGUAUGUGUAA